AUGGCGAACGUGCUCAACAACCUCUGGGGAGGCGGCAAGCCCGCGCCGAGCCCGGCGACCGUCCAGGCUGCAGACUCUGACUUUGGCGACUUCGCAAAAGGGGCUGAUCCGACGCCGAUAGACGUGUCGCCUGUCACGCAUACCCUCGCUGGAUUGGGGCCCGCGCAGACGCUCCGGCCCUACACCAAGUGGUACAAUGUUCACGAGCGCCACUCGCUGGACGAGUUCAAGGUUGAGGGCCUCAUUCUGGCCGCCAUUACCGUGGUACUGCUCGUCCAUGUCAUCGGCGCGCGCCUGAACCGCACCAAGGCCAAUAAGUGGAUCCGCGCCCACUCGCCGGUGCUGGUCGACGAGUUUGCCUCGGUCGGCUUCGCUGGCGUGUCGCCCCUGUCUGCCGACAAGGCGGGCGACGAGUUGUUGCAGGCGCUUACCGACGACAACACCCAGCUGGGUGAUGCCGCCCUUCGAGAGAAGAGCCUCUUCGAGUUCGCCACGUAUGCGACUGGUCGGGCCAACGUUGCCUUUCUGGACGUCAAGCUCACGCUGCUCAAGAGGUACAACCCGGUCAUGACCCUUAUCGAGCAGGGCCUGGGCUUCUUCUUCGAUACCUUUGAGCAACCACAGGAUGUUGUCGAGGCGAUCCUCUACCCAUUUGAUGGCAAGGAGGCACUUACGGUCCCCGGCAUUCCUGGUGCUGCCGAGCUGCGCGCCAAGGAGAACAAGAGCAGCUUCGAUAAUUUCGUCUGGGGCCUCGUCCACAAGGAGUCAAUGAAGAAGGUCCGCGACGAGCGUUAUGAUGUCUCCCUAACAUUCACCAAGGACAACUCCAAACUCCCCACCUGGUUGACCGUCAUGAGCGAGAGCGCCGAGAUUACCGAUCUCAUGCUUACUCCCGAGCUGGUCAAGGCUGCCGAGGCCGCUGGUGACCUCUUUGAGUAUCUCAUCGUCUCGGACCAGCCGCUUGUGAAGCCCAAGACCAUCGACGAGACGGCCCCGCGCAAGCGCCUGUUCCUUAAGUACCGCCUCCCGUCCAAUAACAACUACGAGUUUCUUGUUCCCCUUUUCCGGGCCUUCAUCCGCAUCUCGGAUCUGCUCGCCAAGUCUGCCCACUUCCGACCCGAGGUCGUGCGCAAGGUCAAGAGCAUUCGCGAGGACGCCGUCCGUCAAAUCCAAAAGGCAGGCGAGGAAGAGAAGGCCGAGGAGCGUCUCCAGGAGCGCGAGAAGGCCAAGAAGGCCAAGCGUGACGCUGAACUAAACGCUCUCGACGCCAAGGCCCAGAAGCGUUAUCUCGAGAAGGAGCGGGAGAAGGAAGUGCGCAAGUCGAUGAAAAAGCAGACGACCAGGGCUUAG